GUAUGCUGAUUUCCGCGCUUAGCGCAGUUUGGUCACACACCGCCACAAAUCGUGCGUAAUUUUCAUUUAUUUUGUUCCGCUUUCCUUCGCUGUUUUCACACCCACGGUCCGCGAAAACACUUCAGAAAUUGUGCCCAAACAUUGGCAUACAUAUUGAGUGCAUUUGUGGUUAUAGUAAACCGAUUCAGUCCCUUAUUGAAGCCUCGAAAAAAGCGACGACGUCAGUGGUCGACGCGACUGGCGUCAGGUGAAAAACAGGGGAAAAACGAAAUAAUUGCGUUUAAAUAUUGAAAAUUGAAAAAGUGAGGCGAAAUUAAAAGCGAUUUGUGAAAACGCUCACAACGCAAAAGCGUGGAGAGUUGCAUUUGAAAAAGCAUGAGCACAACCGCCGCCAGUCUCAUCGAGGCGGCUCUAAAUGCCAGCGGCGGCAACGCCACAGCAACCACUUCGGGAUCGCUUGAGGCAACUGGGAAGCCCAACUACGUGGUGCAGGUGAAGAACGCUCCGAUGAGCACGCCGCUGGACCCGCUGCUCCAUGUGGGCGACGGCAUCUUCCUGCAGACAAAGACCGCCCAGGUUCUAGCCGGGGUGUGUGUCUGGGCCGCCCUCUUCAUCACCUGUCAACAGAUCUACCAGCACCUGCGCUGGUACACGAAUCCGCAGGAGCAGCGCUGGAUCGUGCGCAUCCUGUUCAUCGUGCCCAUCUAUGCCACCUACUCCUGGAUUAGUCUGCUCUUCUUCAACUCGGACAAUGUUUACAUAUACUUCUUUACCGUGCGCGAUUGCUACGAAGCCUUUGUCAUCUACAACUUCUUGUCGCUGUGCUACGAGUACCUGGGCGGCGAGGGCAACAUUAUGUCGGAGAUUCGCGGCAAGCCCAUUAAGACUUCGUGUCUGUAUGGCACCUGCUGCCUAAAGGGCAAGACCUACACGAUUGGCUUCCUGCGCUUCUGCAAGCAGGCCACUCUGCAGUUCUGCCUGGUCAAGCCAUUGGUGGCCUUCAUCAUAAUCUUUCUGCAGGCAUUUGGCCAUUACCACGAUGGUGAUUGGAGUGCUGACGGCGGUUACAUUUACAUCACGAUUAUCUACAACAUCUCCGUAUCGCUCGCGUUGUAUGGACUCUAUCUGUUCUACUUUGCCACGCGCGAUCUGCUGACUCCGUUCGAGCCCGUCCUGAAGUUCUGCACCAUCAAGUCGGUCAUCUUCUUGUCCUUCUGGCAGGGCGUGGGUCUGGCCAUCCUGGAGAAGGCCAACGUUAUCUCGCCCAUCGUGGACAGUGCUGGCACUGUCACCGUGGAACCCGGUACCGUGUCCGCCGGCUACCAGAACUUCUUCAUCUGCAUCGAAAUGCUGUUCGCCGCCAUCGCGCUGCGAUAUGCUUUCCCUUAUCAGGUCUAUGCUCGCAGCUGCAUUAGCGAUGGUCACGGACGAUCUGUCACCAUGCAGUCCAUUUCCAGCAGUCUUAAGGAAACGAUGAAUCCCAAGGAUAUUAUGACAGAUGCUAUACACAACUUCCAUCCGCAGUACCAGCAGUACACGCAGUACAGCUCAGGUGGCAAGAACUCGCGCGGCAUUCGCGUCUCCAGCUACGAUCCGGAUGAUCCCAGCUCGGGAGCAGGAAGUGGAGCCCUGCAGGCAUCGCAGCCCACCAGCGGGGGCUACAACGCGGUGGCCACUGGACCGGGGAGCAACGGAGGCAGCAACUGCAUGGCCUCGAAGACGCUGGGCAACCAGAGGAAGUUCCAGCCCGGCGGUCAGCGGGUGGCGACCAUCAGCCAGAACUACAACGAGAAGACCAUGCUGCUGAGCAGCGACGAUGAGUACCAGUAGAGUGGGUACCAGAAGACGGGGGUUCUUCCUCCCAUGGGGGCACCGAUUCCCCCACCUUAUUGUUACCAAAUUCAGUCCUUCGUUCGGAUCCCGAUUCGAUUGGCCUCGUUUCGUUUAUCCAGUCUGCUGAUUCUGUCGCUUGUACAAUAAUAUUAAGUAGCCGAGCAGCAUAGAGCAUCACAACCUAUUAGGCAAUUAAAGAUAAAGUAAUUAUAUAUACUGAAUAUUAGGGCUGGUCUGGCUGGAGGAUGUAAUCUACAUGUGUAAAUUGACAUUUCCGAAAAUGUAUUUAUUUAUUAUUCCAUGUUUUUAAGCCUUACGUUUAGCAAACUACUUGCUGUUCUCUUAUAAUUAUUAGGAAAUCCAAAACAGAUAACAAUAUCUGUAGAUUACACCUUCCACCCGAAAACGAUUUACCCUAUCGUAUAUCGUAUAUCCCCAUAUAUAUGGUAUGACUUAAUCUACGCAAAGAUCUUUUGUAAUUUUACACCGCAUAUGUAACUUGAUUCGCUUCGAUUCCAUUUCUCUUGUGUAAAUUUGUCAAACAAUUUAAUUGUAAAGCGAACCAAAAACUGAAAAGAAAUCAAAAAUAGCUAAAACCGAACUGCAACUGCACUUCUUGCGUCUCACGAACCGUCUACUACAGGAUGCUUCUACAAUAAACCGCGGAAAUCGAAGGGAAAAUCUACACAAAUAUAUUUAUAAGCCAAGGCUAAUUUUUAAAGCAAACUUAGAGCGAAUUUGUUAGGUGAAUGAAUGAGACCAGGUCCAAAGCCCAGACUCCACAUGCCGGACCCUUUUCGGACUCGAAGUGUAUAAAAGAAUUUUACCCUGUACAGAGAGUGUGACGUCAUCCAGACUAUUGGCCACUACCCAAAAUCAGUCGAAAGCAGUAUUUUGAUAUCUAGCCAGGCUUCCCAUCAAAUUACUUGUGUGUCUGAACCGAAGGAGUGAGCGGAGCCGGAAAACCGAGCGGAAAAACCAUAGGAAAAGUCAAAUUAUGUAUAAUUAUCGGGGGCAAGUUAGGAAAAAAAGAAGUAACGUUUUUAUGUACAUUUUUUCGUUAAUAAUAUAAAAUGAGAAUAAAGUAAAUGUCAUAAAGUA